UCAGUUUAGUCUUCAAUUCGCUGGCGUCGCGAUCGGUUCGAUUCUGUUUGCUUCACACCGUUAACUUGUGCUUUUUGUGCUCUCUUGCUUUUAACUGUGUUUUUAACGUCUUUGCACGAUCGCGUGUGCUUAAAGCUCUUUCGUUCCCACUAUCUGUGUCUGUCACUGUGCGUGUCUCUUUCUCUCUCGCGCUGUCUCUGUCUCUCUCUCUCUCUUGCGCACUUGCGGCGCAGUCAAGUUAAGAAAACCUGUGCAUGACAAGUGUAGACAAAUUGUAGAUAAAAAUAAAAUGAAAACUUAAAAAAGACCCAAACUUGCAUUGAAAGUUUUUUGGAGUACAGCUAACAUAUAUACACCAAAGAGCAACGCUCAAUGCAUUUUAAGUUUUAAUCACGAAAUACGCGUCGAUUAAGCUAAUAUUUUGGCCUUGAAAUGUUUCCAAAUCAAAAUAAUUUGACCGCUGCGGGUGCAGCGAACGAUGCCCAGCAACAGAACCUCAACUACAAUGGUCUACAACAGCAACAACAACAACAACAGCAACAGCAACAACAACAGCAGCAGCAACAACAGCAACAACAAACUCAACAAUUGUCACAGUCUGCGAAGAAUGUGCGAAAGAAACCGUAUGUGAAGAUUACGGAACAACCCGCCGGUAAAGCCUUGCGUUUUCGAUAUGAGUGCGAGGGUCGUUCGGCGGGUUCUAUACCCGGUGUUAACUCAACGGCCGAAAACAAAACCUAUCCAACCAUCGAGAUUGUUGGCUACAAGGGACGCGCCGUUGUCGUUGUUUCCUGCGUCACCAAGGAUACGCCAUAUCGUCCACAUCCGCACAAUCUGGUGGGCAAGGAGGGCUGCAAGAAGGGCGUCUGCACGCUGGAGAUCAGCAGUGAGACAAUGCGAGCCGUGUUCAGCAAUCUGGGCAUCCAAUGUGUCAAGAAGAAGGACAUUGAAGCGGCGUUAAAAGCUCGCGAGGAAAUACGUGUCGAUCCCUUCAAGACGGGUUUCUCGCAUCGUUUCCAGCCCUCAAGCAUUGAUCUGAACUCGGUGCGUUUGUGCUUUCAAGUAUUCAUGGAGAGUGAGCAAAAAGGACGCUUCACAACGCCACUGCCCCCAGUUGUCUCCGAGCCGAUCUUUGACAAGAAGGCCAUGUCUGAUUUGGUUAUUUGUCGGCUCUGCAGUUGCUCGGCCAGUGUGCUGGGCAACACGCAAAUCAUAUUGCUGUGUGAGAAGGUUGCCAAAGAGGAUAUCACAGUGCGUUUCUAUGAGGAGAAGAACGGUGUGGCUGUUUGGGAGGCAUUGGGUGAUUUUCAGCACACGGAUGUGCAUAAGCAGACUGCCAUUACAUUUAAGACGCCUCGAUAUCAUUCGCUUGAGAUAACGGAGCCCGCCAAGGUUUUUAUACAGCUGCGUCGACCCUCGGACGGCGUUACCAGCGAGCCAUUACCCUUCGAAUAUGUGCCAAUGGAUUCAGAUCCAGCACAUUUGAGGCGAAAACGUCAAAAGACUGGCGGUGAUCCCAUGCACCUGUUGCUCCAGCAACAACAGAAACAACAGCAUCAGAAUGAUCAUCAGGAUGGUAGGCAAAAUAAUUUGAACUGCUGGAAUGCCCAGAACAUACCGCCCAUUAAAACCGAACCGAGAGAUACCUCACCGCAGCCAUUUGGAUUGUAUCGUGCACCGCCAGAGUUGACACCCUCACCGCAGCCAUUGUCACCGUCGAGCAACUAUAAUCAGAACAGCACUCCCUCGCCCUACAACAUGGCUGCAGCUGGUGCCCCCAGCAAUGGCCAGCAGCAACAGCUGAUGUCGCCCAAUCAUCACCAGCAACAGCAACAGCAGCAGCAGCAACAUCAACAACAGCAAUAUGCUGGUGGUGGCACUGGCAACUUGGAGCUGAGCAACAACUACAAUCCAUUUACGCAGCAAUUGCUCGCACAGCAACAGCAACAACAGCAUCAGCAGCAGCAACAACAGCAUCAACAUCAGCUGCAAUAUAAUCCCAAUCCUAAUCCCUUUAUCACCGCUGCCAACGGUGCGCAAUGGGAUAAUAAAUUCUCAGUUGCUGCUGUGACAGCUGCUGCUGCUGUGUCGGCAGCACCUGCUGUUGGCAACAACACCAACAAUCUAAGUAAUCUCAACAAUCCAUUCACCAUGCAGAAUCUGCUGACUUCCGGCGCAGGCGCUGCCAGCAAUUUGCAAUGGAAUUUGACCCCAAAUCAUUUGCAAAAUCAGCAUACCCUGCAACAACAACAACAGCAGCAGCAACAGCAACAGUUGCAGCAACAUGGCACACAAAUGCAUCAGCAGUACGACAACAAUGUCAACAACAACAACAACAACAACGUUAAUAGCAACCAAAUCAAUAAUAACAAUAACAACAAUGAGAACGGUCCAACGAUCAGUAAUUUGCUGAGCUUCGAUAGUGAACAAUUAAUCCGCAUCAAUUCGGAGGAUCAGCAAAUGUUGCGCCUCAAUUCAGAAGAUCUGCAAAUAUCAAAUCUAUCAAUAUCUACGUAAUACCUUAUUAUAUCAGUUCUUAGUCAUUAUAUUGUGUGUGUUUGAUACAAAUGUAAAAUGUGUUUUUAGUAUAAUGUUUUUUAAACACGAGUACGAAUAAAUUAAUCGUUUUAGAAGUAAA